AUGUACGAGAUGUCGCGAAUUGAACAGCUUCGCGUCGAGGAUCUGCUCCACGUUGACGACGGAUUUGUUACCUACCUAUUCGAACUUAUUGAGGACUUUUCUGAUGAUGCACACGAUCCAUAUCACUAUCCUAUCAUCCGUGUCCUACUUGUCCUCAACGAGCAAUACAUGGUCGCAUCCACGGCCGCGAUGAAUGACCCUACGCUGACUGCGCCGCUGACAAACAAAGUCGUUAAGUGCCUUAGCUUAUACGGUCCGAAUUAUAGGACAUUCGGCGAAAAUAUUAUACUACUUCUCAAUCGCGAAACCGAAACGUCUUUACAGCUUCUCAUAUUGAAGCUCUUAUACUUACUCUUCACCACCAAAGCCACAUAUGAAUAUUUCUACACUAAUGACUUGCGAGUGCUUCUUGAUGUCAUCAUCCGCAACCUUCUCGACCUUCCAGAAGAAUUGAUGGCUUUACGACAUACGUACCUUCGUGUGAUGUACCCCUUGCUUGCGCAUACACAGCUUAACCAGCCGCCUCAUUACAAGAAGGACGAGGUGCAAAAACUACUCAGAAUACUAGCCGGAUCGGGAAAUACCCACUUCGCUCCAGCGGACGAGACAACUCUGAGGCUUGUAGACCGCGUAUCUAAAGUCAAGUGGCUUUCUGAUGAGGGCACCGGCGCUGGAGAGAUCGCGCGUAAAUUACUUGGCAUUAGCCUCUCGCAUGCGGAAACCGCCAGCAACGUUAGCGUCGUGCAUGUGGCGGCGGUUAUGGAGAAGCCGGGCGUUCAGACACCGAGCCGAAAAGCCGAGGCCGAAGCCAGUUACGUCAACGCUUUCAUGUCCGCCAAGCCUUUACUACCUCUCGCUCCGCCCACCAUCGACUCCAAUAUGAUGAACCAGGCCACCACCACCACUCUAGAUCCCGUAGCAUUCCCUACAAACGGUAACGCAGGUGGCUACUCGAGGCCCAAUUCCGGUGGCUACUUUCCGUAUCACCAGCCACAAAGACCAGUAGAUAACGAAACUCUGUCCAACACGCUAGCCAAUUCUCAUAUUACACCACCCCAGAACGAGAAUUACCAAACUGCGAAUCGUCAGACCAAGUUUACCGAAGAGUGGGAUGCGAGUGUGAGAGGUGACUCAGUCGUCGACGGUCCAACAUCCCAGCAGAGCAAUUACCAGCAUUCCAACAUGCAACGCUCGAACUCGAUAUCCUCACGACCCGAAAUCCUGAAUACCGGCGAUGGCGCAAGCACUCACGCCAUAUCCCUAUCGAGAGGAAAUACCCUAAAAAAGAAGAGUUCUCUUCGUAGGAGUGGUAGUCUCAAGCGCAGCAGCAGUCGCAGGAGCAUGAAUGCCGGCAGCGUGAGGAGCCUCGCUUUACAAAGUUCUCACGAUUCAGACGAGGUCCACAGUGCAUUCUAUUGCCCUGUACCGACUUCGGGUAGCCCGACGGAAAUACUGGCCGAGAGAUUUCAGUCUUGGAGGAAGAUUCUCAAGGAUCUCAUCGCAUACUUUAGGGAAAUACAAUCGCACUACGAGCACCGAUCCAAGUCGCUUCUUAAGCUUGCUAAUGUACUUAACAAUACGGCAACGCCGCCCGGCUUCCUUUCGUCUGGUGGCCUGGAUGAUGCGCUCCAAAUCUUGAGGGACCAUCACAAAAACAUGAUUACAGAGGCUAGCAAAGCCAAGGAGAUUGAACAAGAUGUCAUUCUAGCGCUGACCGGUCUUAGAAGCGAUCUUAAUCAGAAGAUAAAGGAGAUAAGGGGCCUUUCGAGCGACUUUAAGAAUUCGGUCGAGAAGGAAAUGGACAGUACCAGAAGGGCUGUCAACGCGUUGCAAGAAGUCCUAGGACAGAGCGAGUUAGAUUCCUCUGCGACUACGGGGAAGCAAGAUCCAUAUCUCUUGCGACUUGCGGUAGAUCGCCAGCUCGAAAGGCAACUCGACGAAGAGAACUAUUUGCACAAGGCAUACUUGAACCUCGAGUCGUCAGGUAGAGAGCUUGAAUCGAUUGUCGUUGGCGAGAUCCAGAAAUCGUACAACGCGUAUGUAGGUAUUAUCAAGCGGGAAGCGGACGCUGCGUACAACGCCAUCGACGAGCUCCGCGCCGGCCCCAUUACGAUGCCUAAGGACCACGAGUGGAUCACUUUCAUUCAGAGAGACUCGCAGUUCGUCGAUCCCGACGUGCCCCUAAGAUCGGCUGAGCAUAUCCAUUACCCAGGCCGAGAUCAUUUUGCUUGUCAAGAGAUCCGUGCAGGUCUACUUGAGCGGAAGAGCAAAUACUUGAAGAGUUAUACGGCUGGAUGGUACGUAUUAUCUCCAACUCAUCUGCAUGAAUUCAAAUCUGCAGACAAGACUCAAGCGCCUGUCAUGUCUCUGUAUCUUCCCGAGCAGAAGCUGGGUUCUCACUCCACAGAAGGUGGUUCUUCCAACAAGUUCAUCCUCAAGGGGCGACAGACUGGGGCUAUGCACCGCGGUCAUACUUGGGUCUUCCGUGCCGAAAGCCACGAUACUAUGAUGGCUUGGUAUGAGGAUAUUAAAGCUCUUACGGAGAAGUCUCCCGAGGAGCUUAGCAACUUUGUCCGAGGUCACUCUCGCGCGUAUUCGCGGACUUCGCAGCGUACUACGAGUUCGGAUGGUAUGGUGGACGAUGAGGACGACGAGCCGUUUUCAGUCGACCCCGCUGUCGCGAGCCCAAGUUCUCGACAGGACUCUAUGCAAAAUAGGCCUGAGCCAGGAGGUCGGUUCCCAUCCGACAUACAAGUCAACGCACAGAGGGGCUUACAAGUACCGCGCUCUCCUAGCAGCGUCGGUUCAGGGCUUGUAGGGAACGAAUACGCACUUAGCGGUGCCAACGGGGGCAUCAACCAAGAUCGAGACGUAAUCGCAGCCGCGGGCGCAUUACCCGGCAGCGGCAUGGGCGAGUCUUAUCCUACAAACCGAGCAUCGCAGAUAGUUGGACAGUCCUACGGGAACACUCCAAGCGUGAGAUUGGAUCAAGCGCACAGCCAAGCAGUAAUUAUUGACCAUGAGGCGCGAGCAGAUGGCGUAAAUCCUUAUAACGGAGAACCUAUCCAGCACCAGCAGCAGCAGAUGGGACUGCCUGGCCGGCCUGUCAUUGUCCCCGGCCCAGCGUCUAAUAGCACGACGCAGACACUAGAAACUACUACCAGCCAAGAUUCGGGCAACCCCGGCGCAUACGAGAUGGCUACCGACGUGCAGCAGAAAUAUAUGCCGGGUGCAGGGGCGGCAUAUAGUAUACCAAGCAAAGAGCAGCCGCAAAUGGUCGGCGCGGGGAACGGGUUCGCGAAGCCAUUGCCAAAUCCGGCUACAGGUAUGCCGUUUUCAGGGCAGGAUGGACAGCCGAGGCCGUACAAUGGUAGGACGAGUAGUAACCCUCAUGUCCCUGGCGAGUACCCACGGGGUACGCCGGCGAGUACACCGGGUGCGUAUUAA